UUGAAAUACGCAAUUAUUUAUUUUGUUAAUUUACGUUUAAAUACGCAAAAUUGUGGGCAGAAGCCAAUGAGUGCUCGCCAAUACGUCACUUGGGUCGAUUUUAGUGGCGCCGGAUAAUAAUCAUCGGGUAAGAAUGGGGGAUGUGACCCAGGGGGCGCAAGGCCAGAUGAAGAUCGGCCACUACAUCCUUGGCCAGACUUUGGGUGUGGGGACUUUCGGCAAAGUCAAAAUCGGGGAACACCAAAUCACGGGGCACAAGGUGGCGGUCAAAAUUCUAAAUCGGCAGAAGAUCAAGAGCCUGGACGUUGUGGGGAAGAUCAGGAGGGAGAUUCAGAACUUGAAGCUGUUUCGGCACCCGCAUAUUAUCAAGCUGUAUCAGGUGAUCAGCACGCCGACUGAUAUUUUUAUGAUCAUGGAGUACGUCUCGGGGGGCGAGUUGUUCGAUUACAUUGUGAAGCACGGGAAGUUGCAAGAACAUGAGGCGAGGCGGUUCUUCCAGCAGAUCAUUUCGGGGGUUGAUUACUGCCACCGGCACAUGAUUGUGCACCGAGACCUGAAGCCUGAGAACCUGCUUCUUGACCACAACAUGCACGUGAAAAUCGCCGAUUUUGGUUUGUCCAACAUGAUGAUGGACGGGGAGUUUUUGCGCACUAGUUGUGGUUCCCCCAAUUACGCGGCACCCGAGGUCAUUUCCGGCAAACUUUACGCCGGGCCUGAGGUCGAUAUCUGGUCCUGUGGGGUUAUUCUUUACGCCCUUCUUUGUGGGACUUUACCGUUUGAUGAUGAGCACGUCCCCACCCUCUUCAGGAAAAUUAAAUCGGGCAUUUUUCCUAUCCCUGAAUACCUAAACAAAUCGGUGGUCAACCUACUUUGCCAAAUGUUACAAAUCGAUCCCAUGAAACGAGCAUCAAUUGAAGAAAUCAAAAAGCACGAAUGGUUCCAAAAAGACUGUCCUGCUUACUUAUUCCCAUCACCUGUGGACCAAGACUCGUCAGUGAUCGACACAGACGCCGUGGCUGAAGUUUGCGAUAAGUUUGGGGUGCAGGAGAAGGAAGUCCACAAUGCUCUCCUGAGUGGGGACCCCCAUGAUCAACUUGCAAUCGCUUACCACCUUAUUAUCGAUAACAGGCGCAUAGCGGAUGAAGCCGCAAAGGCGGAAAUUAAAGAUUUUUACAUCGCGGGGAGUCCCCCACCUGUUAGUAUGAGCCCGAGCCCAAGUCCUUGCGACUUUGGUUCUAGUCCUUUGAAGCCUCAUCCGGAGAGAAUUGCGCCGUUGCGGGACAGAAUGGCUUCAAAUCAUGCUGCUUCAGGGGACAGGGGAAGAGUUAAGAGGGCUAAGUGGCAUUUAGGGAUUCGCUCACAAAGUAAGCCCCACGAUAUUAUGAUGGAGGUUUACAGAGCAAUGAAAGCGUUGGAUUAUGAAUGGAAAGUCAUCAAUCCAUACCAUGUAAGAGUGCGUCAUAAGAAUCCCUUGCAUGAGAGGUUUGUCAUGAUGUCGCUCCAACUAUAUCAGGUGGAUUACAAGAGCUACCUCUUGGACUUUAAAAGUUUGGCCAACGAGGAAGCGGAGUCGAACACGGCGGCCCCCAUCAUGGGGUCACUGCCCACGCCAGUGCAGUCCGGCGAGAGCACUUUGAACGCGAAACCCAAAGGGCAUUACACAAUGGAAUUUUUUGAAAUGUGUGCCGCUUUAAUUAUACAGUUGGCUCGUUAAUUUAAGACAAGUUUUAUCCUACUAAUUUUACGUUAAAAAUGAUGUUACAUGUAAUUACUAAGUUUUUGUUUGCUCUUAAUUGUUUAGUGAGUUUUAAGUGAUUUUACCAGUGAUAAACUGAAAAAGGUAUUAGUCGCUUUUUAAAAGCCAUUAGUUAUGUAAACUGGUUAGUUGUGAUGAUAUUUUUGUUGCGUAAUUAAGUUGUAAAAUAAAAUGAGUUUUAUUGGAA